UGCUGCAAACAUGUCUUUUUAUCCAAUUCAGUCAAACCCGGAUACACCUGACCAAAGCGAGGAAUACGCAGCCCCAGGGCCAUGGAGACAGACACUGGAGAUGCAAGAUAGAGAAAAAUGAGUUUCUCCUUAAGUCGGCAGGGAACAACACACGCCUUGAAAGAAUCAAAUACAUUGGAAGCAAGAGUAUGGACAAAUAACAGAGAGGGAGCAUCUUACCUUUCGUCUUAUUCCGCUUUGCUUUUUGUAUACUUAUUUGUGUUCAGCUACGGCAAAUACUUGCCACAUCGUACCCUGCGUUGUUUCUACGUACUCCACUGGCGAGAUUCGAGAAAUUUGACAGCAUUACAGGCAUGAUUCUUUUCUUCAAACAGUGAAGCACCCGCACAAAAUUCCGUCAUAACACCUCAUAUCAUGAUAUUACUUGACAAGUAAUGGCAACAUCAUCACGGGCCCAUGGUAACUAAUUCCGUCGA